CCAUGGUGGGGCAGAGGUUGGGAAGAUGGCGUGGCGAGGCUUGGCGCAGAGAGGCUGGGGCUGUGGUCAGGCGUGGGCUCCGCCGGCGGGCGGCCGCAGCUGCGAGGAGCUCACUGCAGCCCUGGGUCAGCCGCGGCUGCUCGGGCGCAGGUUUAAUGUUUUUAUUCAGCAAAAAUGUGGAUUCAGAAAAGCACCCAGGAAGGUUGAACCUCGAAGAUCAGACACAGGAACAAGUAGUGAAGCAUACAAGAGAAGUGCUUUGAUUCCUCCUGUAGAAGAAACAGCCUUUUAUCCUUCUCCUUAUCCUAUAAGGACUCUUGUAAAGCCUUUGUUUUUUACUGUUGGGUUUACAGGCUGUGCAUUUGGAUCAGCUGCCAUUUGGCAAUAUGAAUCACUGAAAUCCAGGGUGCAGAGUUAUUUUGAUGGUAUAAAAGCUGAUUGGUUGGAUAGCAUAAGACCACAGAAGGAAGGAGACUUCAGAAAGGAGAUUAACAAGUGGUGGAAUAACCUAAGUGAUGGCCAGCGGACUGUGACAGGUAUCAUAGCUGCAAAUGUUUUUGUAUUUUGUUUGUGGAGAGUACCUUCUCUACAGCGGACGAUGAUCAGAUAUUUCACAUCCAGUCCAGCCUCAAAGGUCCUUUGUUCUCCAAUGUUGCUGUCAACGUUCAGUCAUUUCUCCUUGUUUCACAUGGCAGCAAAUAUGUACGUCUUGUGGAGCUUCUCCUCCAGCAUAGUGAACAUUCUCGGUCAAGAGCAGUUCAUGGCAGUGUACUUAUCUGCAGGUGUUAUUUCCAAUUUUGUUAGUUAUGUGUGUAAAGUUGCCACAGGAAGAUAUGGACCAUCACUUGGUGCAUCGGGCGCAAUCAUGACUGUCCUUGCAGCUGUCUGCACUAAGAUCCCAGAAGGGAGGCUCGCCAUUAUCUUCCUUCCAAUGUUCACGUUCACAGCAGGGAAUGCCCUAAAAGCCAUUAUUGCCGUGGAUACAGCAGGAAUGAUCCUGGGAUGGAAAUUUUUUGAUCAUGCAGCACAUCUUGGGGGAGCUCUCUUUGGAAUAUGGUAUAUUACUUAUGGUCAUGAACUCAUUUGGAAGAACAGGGAGCCUCUAGUGAAAAUUUGGCAUGAAAUGAGGACUAACGGCCCCAAAAAAGGAGGUGGCUCUAAGUAAAACUGGGGUUGGACAAUACUGGUACGACUGGUCCAUGCUGCCUGAAGCCCUAGGAAUGCAUCGGCCCUGGAGUGACCACAUCUUUGCUCCUGCCUGGAAGACACUGAGCAUCUAGCUUUCCCAGUAUUUUAAACUAUGUCCCCAGUACAUGUCUCAUUAGAAAAUGAAUUAUGACAAAGUUGUGAAAUAAAGGUUUAUAUCUCUAGUUUGUAAA